CAGCGCGCAGUGUUCGAUUAUUUUUGCGGACAACUGGAUGGAACAGUGGAAAAUAAGCUUACCGUGGUUCAGGGGAAGGCUGGAAGUGGCAAGUCAACCGUAAUAUCAUCAAACUUCGGACCUCCGCUGGAUAUGGGCCAAAGUCAUACAAACUUUUAGCCCCAACUGGUGUUGCAGCCAAUAAUAUCGAAGGAGAAACAAUACACUCGGUUCUACAUAUACCCGUCAACAAAAAGUUUCUGGAUUUAGAAGGAGAAGAACUGAAUCGUUUCCAGGCAGAGUUUGAGAAUAUUUCCUGUUUGAUCAUCGAUGAGUUUAGUAUGAUCGGAUGCUCAUUGUUUGCCAAAAUGGAUAAGCGAUGCCGGCAAGCAAAGCCUGAAAACUCGGAUGUACCCUUUGGUGGCCUCAUUGUAUGCUUGUUCGGCGAUAUCAACCAAUUACCACCGGUGCUCGACAGGCCACUGUACGGGGAUGGCUUUAACGGGGAGUUGGCCGACUACGGCCAGAUGGUAUAUCGAACUGCUUUCAAUAAGUCUUUUAUUCUGCAAACGUCCCACCGGCAAAGCGGCGGCAACACUGACCAGCAACAUUUGCGAGAUGCUCUAGACCGCAUCAGCACCGGUGACUCAACCGAAGAAGAUUACAAUAAAAUGAUGACAAGGGUUUACUCACUUUUGCCUGCUGAAGAGCAGAUCAACUUCCGUGGGGCGUUACAUCUGUUUUCGGAAAGAGAACCAGCCAAAAACUACAAUGAGAACGCCCUGACACAGCUUAACAUGCCGGUGGCCAGAAUAAGGGCGGACCAUAACGGUAGCACUGCGGCGAAAGGAACAGAAGAGCAGGCAAUGGGUUUGGAACCUACUUUAUAUCUGUCACGAGGCAGUAGAGUUAUGCUCAAACGAAACCUGUGGACGUCAAAGGGGCUCGUUAAUGGAGCGUUGGGAUAUUGCUAG